CAGGGCUAGAUGUCAACGAUCCGACUAAUAUUUCAUUAUUAACCUAUCGCGAUGAUUGAAAACACCAUUAUUAUCUCUACCGUCUCCCAACGUAGUAAAUCCGACAAGUCCGAUAUUUAAACAAUAUUCAAUUUACAAUCUCUUUGAAAUAAUUAUUAUAAAUAAUCCAUCGACUUUGAAGAUUCCUGAAAUCGACUAUUGUUAGCUUCAUUGUUCACUAAAAUCGCUAAAGGAUCCUUUAUAUUAUCGAUAACAUAGUGAUAUAGCUCCAUGGGCCCUCCACGCAGCCGCGCAGGCUCCGCGGCAGGAGCGCUGAGCCAAUCGGUCUUUUCGCCAACAAAACGAGCCUCCCAGGGGAACUCCCCGAAGAAGGCACGGGCGCGCACCGAAGCCGCAACAGACCCGACGAAGGAAAAGGUUCUUUCCUAUAUAUCUACCCUUAAAACGAAACUGCUCCGGUUGGUAGGAGACGCCAAUAAGCCCGAAGCGGUGGACGCUAUCGACACCUUCGCCAGGGACAUAACCAGUUCCCUCGACUGUCACCCCCUACACGGGGCCACGGCGAGCCCGACCUUUACCCGGGAUGUCAUCCGGGAGGUCGUUAAGGAAACCCUCCUCCAGUCCAAAUCCCAACCGACCUGGGCCCAGGUCGCCUCCACUACCAAGCCAUCUACUAUCGACAAGACCAACGCUAAAGCCCCAAAUAAAGCCGAACCUUAUGAAGUCACCGUCCGCGUUGCGAACUGCCCGGAGGCGAUCCGGGGCCGGUCCAGCCACGAUACUAUCCAGCGCGCAAACUCAGUGCUUCGAAACAACACGGCAAUAGCUGCCCGAACCCUCCCUUCCGGCGACGUACGCCUCACUUUUGCGGCCGCAGCUGCUAGCUCCCAGAUCGACGAGGCUUGGCUACUACACGUGUUCGGCACGGGAGCGACUCGGCUCCGAACGGAACACGCAGUCAUUGUAAGAGGCGUGCCGCCCGCGGUCAUCAAUCCCGAUUUCGAUAUCCACGGCGCAGCAGCGCAGAACGGCAUUUCCUUCCAAAGAGCGACCCCCGCCCGGGCCCGGCCCGGAGCUACCAAGCGCAGUUUCAUCCUGUAUGUGACAGACAUAGAGACCGCUAAUAAGCUCUGCGACCGAGGCUUUGGUAUCGACGGCCAGCUCUUCGACUGCGAGCCCUACACAGCUGCGGCCCGGCCCCUCCAGUGCUAUAACUGCUUCCAGUUCGGCCACCAAUCUCGCCAGUGCGCCAAACCUGCGAUCUGCGGCUCUUGCUCUGGGGACCACCACGGCUUCGUCGAGGGCACGAAGCGGUCUCUUCCCUGCCCCUCCACGGCACUGAAGUGCCCGAAUUGUAAUAAGGACCACUCGGCUUGGGCACGAUCCUGUCGUAUCGCUGAUCGGGAAUGGGAGCGAGCGCGUGCCGCCUACAGCACGCGCCCGCGCCGGUUCCAGGAUGCACCCGUAGCUACUAUACCGCCACCACCACCACCAACUGUUAUCUAUACACACCCAGACGACACGCCGGGCCCGGACCGCAAGCGACAACGUGGUCGACCACGCAAAUCCCUUCCCCCCCAGACCAACAAGAUCAACUUUUGCCCGGAUAUCCCCAACCCGCUGUUCGGGACCUCCCAGGCCCCGGGCGGCUCCCAGAAGAAUCCUAUGGCGCCUCCCCCAAAGCCAGCAGCCACCCCAAGCCCGACGACCGACAUAACCAUGCCCGACCAACUAGAUGCUUAGUAUUCUUAGCUGGAAUACACAGAACAGCCCAGCCAACAUUGAUAUCUCUCUCCACUGCCCCGAGGCCUUCGACAUCGUCGCUCUCCAGGAGCCGACCCGGACCAGUCACGUCCCCGCGUCGGCCUUGUUGAACUACCACGUCGUUUUCACUGAUAAUGGCACGGCCACAUAUAUACACAAACGCCACCCUACACACUCUUGGAGCUCGUCCUCCACAGCAUUUUCUACCACCAUCCACUUCGGCUCUGUCUCGGUCACUAAUGUGUAUCGAUCCGGAGCUAUCCCUGUCCUCGAUAUAGUCACCCUCUUCAAUAAUCUCCCUACUAACACCCCACAUGUCGUUGUCGGUGACUUCAACACUCACCACCCGAGCUGGGACUUCUUCGGCCGCGAAACCCAGGACUCUUCGGACCUCAUCGCGGCCGCAGGACGGGCCCGACUCGUACUAGUCACACCACCUGGUAUCUUCACCUGGGAACCGCCAGGGGACCGCCACAGCUCCUCGCGCCCCAGUACCAUCGACCUAGUUUGGGCCUCCCCUUCACUGCAGCCCCGACAUAUACCCGCGCCACGGGACCUCCACGGUUCCGACCAUAUACCCCAGCUAACACAUAUCCAACACACAUAUACACCCUCACCAGCCCCUACCCGGCGCUGGCGCGAGGCUGACCCGGACGCCGUACGCGCCCUGGGGGCCACUCUUAUAACAACACCCGAAAACCUAACAGACUCAGCCGCGAUCGACCGAGCCUUAACCGACCUCCAUAACCAACUUAACGAAAUCGCCUCAGCCACGGUCCCGAGCCGCACCCCGGGCUCUACAGCACAACCGCCUUGGUGGUCUAGCGUCGUCUACGACGCUGUCAUCUCGGCUCGGCGAGCUCGUCGGCACCGGCACGAUGGAGACGCGGCUAAGGAACGGUACCGUGACGCUGUACGCGACCGCAACCGGGCCAUACGACAGGCGAAGACAGCAGCCUGGCGCCGGUUCGUCGACGAGCUAUCACACGGGUCCUCGGCGCUGUGGCGGUUGGCCGAAUGGGGUGCUAAACCCCCGGACGCUAAAUACCAGUCCCGAGCAGUACCGCCGCUAGACCGCGACGGAACCUCCCCGGCGACGUCCAUCGAGGAGAAAGCAGCAGUAUUCGCCGCGAAGUUCUUCCCCCCUGCUCCUAACCUCCCGCCCUCGGGCCCCUGGCGGGGCCCACGUUGUGCGCUCGAAGGUCUCGCUGACCCUAUCGAUGAUGAUGAAGUGCGUGCUACUCUUAAUCGGUGUCGGUCGUGGAACGCCGCGGGCCCGGAUGGAAUCCCUUACGGCUUCUUGAAAGCGUGCGGCGACCCAUUAGUGGCCACCCUGUCUGUUAUUUUCAACGCCUGCCUCCAAGGUGGAUACUAUCCAUACCGGUACCGGGCCGGAGCCACUGUUGUUAUCCCCAAACCCGGCCGGUCUCCAGCCGCUCUCCGUACCGCUGGCGGAUGGCGACCGAUUACUCUCCUUAAUACGAUAGGCAAGCUCCUCGAGAAGAUCAUGGCCGACCGGCUCGCCUCCGCGGCAGAGGUGGCUGGUGCCCUCCCAGAGGGCCAGAUGGGGAACCGGCGCGGGCGCGGCACGGAGUCAGCCGCCUUUCUACUUAAAGAACUUAUACAGACUGCAUGGGGCCGCGCUCUAGCGAUCUCGCUGAUGCAGCUAGACAUAGCAGGUGCCUUCGACGCCAUGCCACACGAGUGCCUCCUUGGGAUCCUCGUCCACCUCGGAGCCGACCCGGCCGCGCUUAACCUUAUCGGCUCCUUCCUCGAUAAUCGCUCUACGUAUCUUAUUAUCGACGGGGUCUCUACGGGUCCGUUCCGACUCCGAUGCGGGAGCCCCCAGGGGUCCCCUAUCUCGCCUAUCCUCUUCAUUAUCUAUAUCUCAACCUUAUAUCACCAUCUAUCUAAUAUCCCUGGUAUCCAACUUAUCGGGUUCUCCGAUGACAGUAAUAUCGUCGCUAUUGCUCCCACACACGCAGGCGUCGUCCGCUUACUGGAGGAAGCCUGGACUCGCUGCGCGUCCUGGGCGGACGCGCACGGCGCUACUUUCGCAGCAGCCAAAACAACUAUCACCCACUUCACUCGCGCUCACUCCCCUCUUACUACCAGUGUCCGACUCGGCCCUGUAUUGCAGCCACCUACAGAGACAGCGCGCUUCCUCGGGUUCUACUUCCAUCGGAAGCUUACGUGGGAACACCACGCACGCGAAGCCAAGGCCCGCGCUGCCCGAGCCGCCGGGGCUCUGAGCGGCACCGGCCGGAUGGCGUGGGGAACCCGGCUCGAGAAGGCUCGCCUUAUCUACACAAUGGUCCACCGCUCUAUCCUUACAUAUGGGUCAGUGCUCUUCCACAAACCUGGGGAUAUCCCCCUAGGGCCGGCACGUACCAUGAGUAGUACCCAGCACGAUAUGCUCCGACUCCUAGCCGGGGCCUUCCGGGCUACGCCAGCGCACCACCUAGAAGCUGAGCUUCAAAUCCCGCCCCUCCAUCUAUACAUGACCUACCGCAGCGAACGCUCCCUUGCGCGGUUCAAGAAUAACGGGACUCUUGCGAGGGUCCGCGCCGCGUCUGCCGCGGUGGCGGGCCUCCAGCGGCUCCCUUGUCGCCAGCGCUACCGUCGCCCCCUCGAGGACUACCACCGUCAGUAUAGUCGCGAUCUUCUCGGGGCCGGGCCGGCCCCCGAUCGUAAAACCCUCUCCAAGCACCUGAACGAGCGCUGGCAGCAGCACUGGCUGCACCAGGAGUCCGCACGGCUCUCCCGCUGGAGCAGCGCACAAGGCCACCGACCGUCGAACUGCUCAGAGCUCCCACCUCGGCUCCGCACUGGCCGCCUGCCGGCGCCCUACCGGGGCGGGAACACCCCAAAACACAUCUCCUCCUUGGUGCUGCAGAUGAGAACUGGAAAGAUUGGCCUAAACGACUUCCUAUUCAGCCGGCGUGUACCCGACCUGGUAUCGCCUCUGUGCCGCUGUGGAUCCGGGCGGGAGACCGUGUUCCAUAUGAUCUUACACUGCGAACUCUACGACCGCCCGUCGCUGUCGACUGAGGCGGCUGUUCGCCGAGCUCUCGACGAACCCGACGAGGCCGCGCGACUAGCGCGAUGGCUACUAGACACAGGCCGAAUCGGCUACCUCACGGCAGCGCACCGGACCCACGAUGGCCGACCUGGACAAGCAACAACUAACUGAUAUCACUAUUUCCUUAUUCGUUCUUUAUAGUUUUGUUUACCUGUAUAUUUACUUCUCCUGCUGUAUUACUAACCUUUGUCUCCUACUAUCCGGUCCAGCGUCAUCUCCGGCCUGAACCCUCCACGACACCGGCAUGGACCUACCGCGGCCAACCCAAAUAUAGGGUUUUUCUUUGUUUUUCCCCUAUAAUAUAUAUAGCUAGAGCUAGAUAAGCUAGAUAGCUUCCAUUAGCCUAAUAAUAAUAAUAAUAAU